UCCAUUCACAUUGCUUUUCAGCUUCUCUUGGUCCCAGCGACUUGCCGUCGCCGCAACAGACCUAUAAAAGGUCCGCUGCAAUGGCGGCUGGGGCGCCUGAUGCCCAGUCACGAUUUGGCCAGUCGGUGAAGGGGCUGCUCACCGAAAAGGUGAACGCCUGCGGUACCGAUGUGAUCGCCCUUACCAAGCAGGUGCUCAAGGGCUCACGGAGCUCUGAGCUGCUGGGUCUGGCAGCUCGCAACAGUGGGUACUGCAGGGAAGAUGCCAUCUUGCACUCAGAAGACAGUUUAAGGAAAAUGGCAAUCAUAACAACUCAUCUUCAGUAUCAGCAAGAAGCUAUUCAGAAGAAUGUUGAGCUGUCUUCAAAUCUACAGGAGCAGCUGAAGCAUUUGCUGAAAUGAAAUGGCAUCUUAGAGGCCCCAAAUCCCACUUCUCAAGGCUGAGGGGGAAAUUCAAUUAGAAGAGAAUCGUGAUGGCUUUCAGUUUCUCCCAGGAUAUGGGGUUUCUCUCCCUGUGUACGGGCAUCAUGUAAGACAAGACACAAACCAGAUGGCUCAACUCAGAAGCACCAUUUGGUUCUAUGCAGACAAACCUGUUCCCUCUCCCUGGAUUCUUCACUUACUCUGUUUUAGUUUUCAUUAAAGCAGAAUGAAGAGAAA